AUAACUCCAUCCAUCAAAAAUUCUAGUAAUUGCAACGUUGAUUGUUUGGUUAUAGGUUUUUGGCAAAAUCUGGCAAAACACAUUUUGCAAACAAAAAAUACAACUGGAAAAAUUGUUAUCCGACCACGUGUAAUCCACAUGAUCUAAUAAGUUAACCAAAUCUUUCGGGAAAAACCUUGGCAAUCCAAAUCCUAUUGAAUCUCGAAUUAUUCAGUUGGCAAGUCACAGCGCCUAUAUAUACACCCUGACCCUAAAUAACCCCCACUCCCCAACUUAUCAUCUCUUCGGCGAGGCAAAGCUAAUCUUAAGGGAUCGCAUGACUGAAAAAAAGAAAGAAUGGCUGUCGACUGGUCUACGGAUAUUCCUCGAGAUCUUGUUCUCUGUUUCGCCAAUCGGUUGAUGGUUUCAUUGGAGGAUUUUAUUGCUUUCGGUGCAGUUUGCAAAUCAUGGAGUUCAGCGGCGAUGGAGGUAAAGGAAAACUACCUUGCUAGUAUUAGUACUAGUACCAGUACUAGCACUGGAUUGAGAUUAUUAGCAUAUCAAGUUCCUCUCCUAAUGCUACCGAUAAGACUUACCCUUCCACGGGGUGUUGCAGGCGGCGACGUGACGGUUGAAUUUUACAGUCUCACUGCAAAAGCCCUUCAAACAUGCCAUGAACAUUCAACUCCCAGAUGGACGAGCUAGUUCGCUACAAUAUCCCCUUGAAGAUAGAGGCAAGUUUGUCUUAUCGUCGAGUCCUUCUUGGACAUCGGAUUACGUAGUCAUGUUUCAUACUUCUACUACUUUGGCAUACUGCAGACCAGGACUAGGUGAAAAUUGGACGGAGCUAUCAUUCCAAAGGGACAAUAUUAAUAUUAUCAGUGAUCUGACUUACUAUCGGGGACAAUUUUAUGUGGUGGACUGUUGUGGCCGUGUUUUAGUCGUUUGUGAUAUUGACGACCCUAAUCGAGCAAAACUGAAGGUUGUUGCUCCAGAGAUAAAUCAAAAGGAACUACUUGGUACUAGGAGGCACAUUAAACAACUGUACUUGGCGGAAUGCGCGGGAGCUCUAUUGCUUGUUUUUUGUCUCUUCUCCAAUAAGUAUGAAUCCACUACCGCCUGUAGGGUUUUCGAGGUCCCAUUUAAUAACGGCAAAUCAUGGAACGACUCUGAGGUCAAGGAUUUGGGGAAUAGAGCAAUCUUCUUGAGUCAAAGUAGUUCUUCCUUCUGUAUUGAAGUCACUGAUUAUUCCGGAUGUAAAGCCAAUUGCAUAUACUUCAUGAACAAUAUGUUUGUCUCUUCAGUGCUAAACAUUGAUAUGGGUAUUUAUAAUAUGAGCAACGCGUCAAUCGACCGAGAAUUUGGCAAAUCCUUCAAUUAUGAUUUUAAAGAUAAGAGUGGAUCGCAUUUAUGGAUUCAACCGAGUUUUGAAUAGGCCCUGCUGUCUUCCUACUUUCUCUCUUUACUUAUUUAGUAGCAUCAUCGAUCUUCAAUCUGUACAGUCGUAGGAAAUUAAAAACAAAACCGGACCACGGCCAAACUUGUACUGUUUUUUUCUUUUAUCAAUAUUAAUUUGUUAUCGUUUCCAUCUUUCUUUCUUUGUUUUCCUAUUAAUUUCCUCUCUGUCUAUGUUCCUCUUGUAGCUAGCGUAUGUUCUGUGUUGCCUACGGUUUGGGUAUUAUAAUGUGGUGACUAUGUUUCUCGUAUAGAUAUUUGAUUUCUUCAGUAAUAACAAAAUGUUUGUAAUCUGCUAUAACUAGAAGGAAAAAUUCUUCAAAUGAUAUCUCCUGAAGUUAUUAUUUCUUCACCAUGGAGUACUGUCCUGAAGUUAUGUGUAAACACUCAUUUCUUGAUGAUUUGCACUGCACUUUAUGUGUAAACAUAAUGAGGACAGAAUGUAUAGGUGGGAUAUAUCACUGGAUAUGGUUGAAGGGUUUAUCCACAGCUC